AGUUGAGGUCAAAGCCCCUGGUCAUUGUCAGGGAAGUGUCUCGAAGAUCUGUGGCGGUGCAUCCAAUCAAGCCACACACCCAGACAUACCUAGAGUCGCGCCAAAGCUGCGUAUGCUGCACAGCACAUUCAACAACCAAGAAAGUCCACAAGUCCGCAAGUCCACGAGCCCGCUAUCAACAACACCCAGAUAAUUACUCAACACGACUUCUAGAAGUCCCCAAAAGUACUCGAAACAUCGCAAAAUACAUCAAUAAUUGCAUCCCCUCUCAAGAUGGCUGUGUCCGCACAGGGCGGUAUCUCGGACCCCGGUCUCAUCACACUGGUAAACAAGCUUCAAGAUGUUUUUACGACCGUCGGCGUACAGAACCCUAUCGAUCUGCCGCAAAUAGUAGUGGUGGGCAGUCAGUCCAGUGGAAAGAGUUCCGUGCUGGAGAACAUAGUAGGACGAGACUUCUUACCUCGAGGUACCGGUAUCGUGACUCGACGGCCGUUGGUCUUGCAACUCAUCAAUCGCCAGGCGGGACAGGCAAAUGGAGUUAAGAACGAGGAGCUCAUUGCGGGAGGCGAUAAGGAAGCCAAUGUGGACGAGUGGGGCGAGUUCCUUCAUAUCCCAGGGCAGAAGUUCCAUGAUUUCAACAAGAUACGAGAUGAGAUUGUGAAGGAGACGGAGGCGAAGACUGGACGAAAUGCCGGAAUCUCACCUGCGCCGAUCAACCUUCGUAUAUACUCUCCCAACGUCCUCACUCUUACUCUCGUCGAUUUACCUGGUCUUACGAAAGUGCCAGUCGGUGACCAACCAAGAGAUAUCGAGAGGCAGAUCAAGGAGAUGGUCUUGAAGCAGAUCAGCAAGCCAAAUGCCAUCAUUCUUGCUGUCACUGGUGCGAAUACCGAUCUGGCAAACUCGGAUGGUCUGAAGCUGGCACGAGAGGUGGACCCCGAGGGUCAAAGAACAAUUGGUGUCCUCACAAAGGUCGAUUUGAUGGAUGACGGAACAGAUGUUGUGGAUAUUUUGGCUGGACGGAUCAUUCCCCUGAGAUUAGGAUACGUGCCAGUUGUCAACAGAGGACAGAGGGAUAUCGACAACAAGAAGGCAAUCACAGCUGCGUUGGAGAAUGAGAAGAACUUCUUCGAGAACCACAAGGCAUACAGGAAUAAGAGCUCUUACUGCGGUACUCCUUACCUAGCUAGAAAGCUCAACCUGAUCUUGAUGAUGCACAUCAAGCAAACCCUACCAGAUAUCAAGGCACGCAUCUCUGCUUCCUUGCAGAAAUACUCAACAGAAUUGCAAGGCUUGGGCGAUUCUAUGCUAGGCAACAGUGCGAAUAUUGUCCUGAACAUAAUCACCGAAUUUUCGAAUGAGUGGAGGACGGUACUAGAAGGAAACAACACUGAAUUGUCGAGUGUCGAGCUUUCUGGUGGCGCCAGAAUCAGUUUCGUAUUCCACGAGCUCUAUGCCAACGGUGUAAAGGCUGUGGAUCCAUUCGAUCAAGUCAAGGAUAUCGACAUCAGGACUAUUCUGUACAACUCGUCUGGAUCGUCACCAGCACUUUUUGUUGGAACUACCGCGUUUGAGCUUAUUGUCAAGCAACAGAUCAAGCGCUUAGAAGAGCCCAGUCUGAAGUGCGUAUCUUUGGUAUAUGACGAACUUGUCCGCAUUCUCACUCAACUACUUGGCAAGCAACUUUUCCGCAGAUAUCCAGGGCUGAAGGAGAAAUUCCACCAAGUUGUUAUUGCAUUUUUCAAGAAAGUCAUGGAUCCAACGAAUAAAUUGGUGAAGGAUUUGGUUGCAAUGGAAGCAUGCUACAUCAAUACUGGUCACCCAGACUUUUUGAAUGGGCACAGAGCUAUGGCAAUCGUCAACGAGAAACACAGUGGGGCAAAGCCCAUUCAGGUCGAUCCUAAGACUGGCAAGCCAAUGCCACAAUCAGCAACCCCAGUUCGCACAACCAGCCCAACACUUGGUGCCAUGGGUGGAGAAGAUGCCAAUGGCGGAUUCUUUGGAAGCUUUUUCGCAUCAAAGAACAAGAAGAAGAUGGCGGCAAUGGAGGCCCCACCGCCAACACUCAAAGCCUCUGGGACUUUGUCUGAGCGGGAAGGAAUUGAAGUCGAGGUCAUCAGUGGGUUACCAAGUCCCUUGCAUUCUGGAAAUAUCUAACAUGCAUAGAACUGCUCAUCAGCUCGUAUUACAAUAUUGUAAGAAGAACGAUGAUCGAUAUGGUCCCGAAAGCAAUCAUGCUCAACCUCGUCCAGUAGGUUAACCUUACCUCAUCGUAAUGUAUACAACUGACAAGUCAUAGGUUCACAAAAGAUGAGAUGCAAAGAGAGCUGCUCGAGAACAUGUACCGAACCGACACGCUUGAUGAGCUUCUCAAGGAGAGCGACUACACCAUCCGCAGGAGAAAGGAGUGUCAACAGAUGGUCGAGUCUCUAUCACGUGCAAAUGAGAUUGUCAGCCAAGUCCAAUAAACUCACACUCGACCUCGGAAUGAACGCAGGCGUAUACCCGGCUGAGGAUGAGCCAACCCGGAAUUGCAUACCCCAGCACACAAUGAGCUGGCUCCCUAGGCUCUUUAUUCAUCAGCAUCCUUUUCAAACGAUACCUCUUCUGCCGCGUAAUGGAUACGUGGACGGUGAUGAACUUCAGCAUGAUGGAUUUGACAGGCAGACAAGACAGCAAGACCUGUCAUAGUAAAUGGUGGCCGCCAGCAUGAGGCGAAUUGGCAAUGCGAGUCGAACGAAUGGAAGAUUGUAUUGGUUCUUGAUUUCUCCACGCGCGUGCGUUUCUCGGCUGCUACCUACCUCCCAACAACCAGACAUUCUAGAUAGUAUGCAAUGCAAGAGAUUCAUUAUCUGCCAGCCAAG